AUGAUACACUUUAUUCCGCAGCCAAGAGUCUUGGCAAGCAAUUAUCUCAGUGAACCGUCUGAACGAUCCGAGCUUGAAAACGAAUCCACUGUAGUGGCUUGGUUUGUUGAUAUCUACAGGAGAUAUUUGAGUGAAGAGCCGUUUCAAGAGGAACUGGGUAGUUUCUUGGGCUUACUGGAAGAUUCAGCGAUGUUGUCAGAAGUGGAGAGGAGAUUGGUUGGGCGUAUUCACGCUCAGCUAAAAGACUACAUUCAACUAGAAGAAAUGCGUGAAAAGGACAAGAGCAAGAAAAAGGAAACGACCCCGAAAGGUUCGCCGCAAGACCUUCAGUUUUGA